AUGAAGUUCACACGAGAGCCUAUUGCUUUCAAUGAUGAUGACCUGGAAGGAAUAAUUCAGUUGCACGAUGAUGCGUUGGUGGUGACGACCAAAAUAAAUGGUUUCAUAGUGAAGAGGGUGAUGGUAGACCAAGGGAGUGGGGCCGAUGUGAUGUAUCCGGACCUGUUCAAAGGGCUCGGAUUAAAGAACGAAGACCUCUCGAAAUAUAAUACACCCCUGGUCAAGUUUGAUGGUCAGGUAGUGAUUCCUAAGGGGCAAAUUUCCUUUCCCGUGAAUAUGGAAGAAGAGGAAGUAGUAGUAGCAUUUUCUGUGGUCGCCUCAUUUUCUCCUUAUACAGCAAUCCUGAGAAGGCUAGGGAUCCAUGCAAUAGGGGCAGUCCCAUCCACCCUACACGUGAAGGUUAAGUUCCGUACCGAGCAGGGCAUCGUUGUAGUGAGGGGCAGCUAA